UUUGGAGGGGUUUGGGCCAAACACAGGCAAGUGGGAUUAUUUGAUUUGGGAAUAUGCUCGGCCUGGAUCAGUUAGAUCGAAAGGUCUGAUUCCAUGCUGUAUGACUCUAUGACAACAUACCUCCUUUCUGUUUGCCCCUCGGAUUCGGCAAGAAGUCAUAUUGAAAAUGGGAUGUGAAUAGAUAGAUGCUUAAUGACCAGUGUGGGCACAGUGAGCUGAAGGGCCGCCUUUUGUGCUGUAAAACUUACUCUAUUGGUCAGAUCAGCCUCAGCUACAGUCUUUUAAGCAGGUCAAGUUCACUUCUGACAUUACCACCUAUACGUAUGCCAUAUGGCAGGAGAAAAUCUGGAGACUUCCUUUGAUUUGACUUUUUAGAAUCUCUCUCUCUAAUCAGGAAAGAUCAGUAGAAUCAGACUAGCCUUCCUCCUUGACUGCAUUUGACAUCCUGAGUUUUUCCCCUUUGGACUGGAGUUUUGAAACCGGAUCAUAAAAUAUUUGGACUUGUGCUAUUGAAUAAUCUAAAAUUCAACUUUGUGGUCCAGUCGUAGUGUCCCUAUCCCUGGACAGAGAGGGCCAGGUUUAAGUCCCACUUGCUCCAGAGGCAGUUGAAACAAUGGACCCCGCUGCAAAGAAGGGUGAUUUAAAGCUUGGUUAAAGAGAGAAAGAUGCUUUCAACACCUUUCAGUCCCCAUGUUGGCCAUGGAGAAUAUGCUGAUGUGUAUGAUCCAGCAGAAGAUACCUUCCUAUUAAUGGAUGCUUUGGAAAAAGAUAUAAAGGAGAUAAAGCAACUCUGUCCCAGGAUCUGCCUCGAGGUUGGUGCAGGAUCUGGCAUUGUCUCUGUAUUCCUAGCUUCUAUUGUUGGACCUACCUCGUUUUAUCUAUGUACAGAUAUUAACCCUUUGGCUGUUGCUUGCUCAGUGGAAAGUGCAAGAUGUAAUGGAGUGAACAUCCAACCAAUCAUUACUGACUUGGUUACAGGAUUAUUGCCACGGCUGCAAAAUCAAGUUGAUGUGUUAGUGUUUAACCCACCUUACGUGGUGACUCCCUCAGAAGAAGUAGGUAGUCAUGGCAUUGAGGCAUCUUGGGCUGGUGGCAAAAGAGGUCGUGAAGUCAUGGAUAGGCUCUUUCCUCAGGUCUCAGCCCUCUUGUCAAGCCAGGGAUUAUUUUAUCUGGUUACAAUUCGGGAAAAUGACCCAGAGGAGAUAAUACAGUCACUGAAGCGUUCUAGUUUGAAAGGGACUGUGCUUAUCUCGAGGCAAGCUGGGAGAGAACAUCUUUCAGUUCUCAAAUUUUGGAAGAAUUGAUUUUAGGAUUUGAAAUGCCUCCAUAUUUGAAGAGCUCCUUUAAAAACUAUGAUUCUGGAGAGGAGAGGCAACUUUACUUGCUGCUUCCUUUACAACUGGAGCUUUGAUUUCCAGUUUCUGGUUGAUGCAAUCUAAUCAGUACUGCCGAAGACCUGGAACAAGUUUUAUGGAAAACUGGACGGCACUGUAAUGGAGACUUAAAACUGAGAAGAAUUUCUGAUGCUGGUCUUGAAAGUUGUGAAUUUUGCCUAAGUAAAACCUAAGCAUUGAAUAAGUCAAAGUAACUAGUGAAAUGACUUUUAAGCUCACUGGAUUCAUCAUUAUUACGGGAUGCCAUGUCAAAUGGUUCCUAUUCAAAACGCUAACCGUGAAGAAAAACAAAAAUAUGCAAUCAAAAUACAUACUUCACUAUGUCAUGUUUGACAGAAUAUUAGGGGGAUAAUCUGAAAUCUGUUGCAAAACCAAAACAAGCCCAACAGUUCACGAUCUGCACAAAUGGUUCCUUUACAGUUGGAGAGCUUUUGAGAACAAGCUACAGAGUAACAUUCUAUGGAGAGGGGAGAAGAGAUGUGCUUUUGGAAGAGACUGGAGCAUCGAGGGGAAAAAAAUGCAGUGUGUCAAGGGGUUGAAGAGGCAGAUUGUCAUAAUUUUUUAUGCAAAAAGGUGCAUGUGGCCUAGCUUUGAGUUUGGGCCAGCAUUCUUAUCCACAGUGCCAACAACCUUGUCUUGCUAGUUCCCUCACCCAACCCAGUCAAAAUAUUUUAAUGUUCUGAGAGUAGGUCGCUCUCUUUUCAAGAAGAUCAGCCACAUUAUGUACCAAUUGGGCACUUAAUUGGGCAGCUGCGGGGCCUUGCCUGGGAUGUUCCACACACAGUUCCCAGCCAACUGAACAGCUCUUUGCUGCUAGUACCACGAGUGAAGUGGGUGACUGCUGCUCGUAAUGCACACGCCUGAGGCUUAGGAUUGCCUGGGGACCGCAGGCCACAGGUGGGAGGUGGAUAGUGAAACAGAUUUACAAGGGAGUCUGGAAAGGAGGUGACCUGUAGUGUAGCUAAUCCUCUCUGACCAAUACUUGAUCAGUCACUGAGUGCCUUUGAAUAUGACACCUCCCAGAAUCCCUUUUCGAGCUUCUGAUACGAUGAAUCUGCUGUCCACCACUGUAUGCAUAUCAGUAGCCCCUGAUUAGGGGGCCUUAAUGCCUUCAAUUGGCAAUGGGACAGGAAAGCCAUCACUGAGCUUUUCCACUACAGGCAACUAGGGCGGACGUUCUCACUCACCACUUCCUACCUGAUUAAAUGCUUUAAAUCUCAUCCACUGAACCUGCCAAAGGGUAGAGUGUUAAAUUGUGUCCUAAUGCAAUAUGUGUGUAUAUAUAUAUAUUUCAGAUAUGUCCGUUUUUCUGUGCAUUUCUAAUGUAUUAUGAUGAAUGAAUAUGUAACAAUUUCUAGAAAAAAUGGUAUUAAGUUAAUUCAAUAAAUAGAAUGUAACAUUUUCAGAAUUAACAGGUCAUCGGUACGGCCCCAUAACAGCUUUACCCUAAACUGUCCCUCACCACCCACCAGCGUUGUUCCCUGUAGUCCUCAUACUAACAAAUGCCAACUUGCCCGUUAUCCUUGGCACUUACACUCCAUGCCAAUUCACACUAUGCACCUUGAGCAGCAGACCUCAAGCCAUGUUCAGAUGAAACCAAUUAAAGCUCUGUUUACAGUCUUUACUGAAUCACACAACUGUAAUCGUGCAGAAGGAGACUAUUAGGCCCUGUUUGUGCUUAUAUUGACUGGCUAUCUGAAUAAACAAUGCACCUCUUGCA